AUGACUAUUAGCUAUGCGGUUGUGACAGCCUCAGACGUGGCCUACUUUUCCUACAUUUACAGCAUCAUUCCCAUGGAGAAUUACCAAAGAGCCACCGGUUACCUCCGAAGCGCUGUGCUUUUUGGGUACACAUUUGGUGCCGGCCUGGGUCAAAUUCUCAUCUCACUGGCAGGCCUAGACUACUUCCACAUCAAUGCCAUCACUCUGGGCGUCGUAAGCGUGGCUUUUCUCCUCUCCUUCUGGUUGCCAAAGCCCAAGAGGAGCAUGUUCUUCAAAGGGAGGAAAGCUGUGGCUUUGGGCCAAAAGUCACAGCAGACGAGGCCGGUGGGAGCGGCUGAUGAAACGGUGUCGGACGCUGGCUCCGGGAAACGGAAGAUGGAGCAUAACGACAGCACUGGCUGCUACAUUUGCAGGCAUUUGAUCUACUGGUCCCUUUGGUGGGCUCUGGCCACAGCUGGGUAUACACAAAUCAUGAACUACAUCCAACUAAUGUGGGACCACAUUGAACCAUCUGCCACAUCAUCCGUCUACAACGGAGGUGUAGAAGCCGCAUGUUCUCUUGUUGGUGCUGCGGCGGCUUUGUCAGUCAGUCACAUCAAGGUGAACUGGACCGUGUGGGGAGAGUUGGCGCUGGGCGUGUUUUCAGCCAUCGGAGCAGGCGCCGUGUUUCUCACAGCGCUCACCAGCAACAUCUGGGCCUGCUAUGCUGGCUACGCGCUGUUCAAAUCCUGCUACAUGCUCCUCAUCACCGUCACCACAUUUCAGAUUGCUGCCAACCUCUCCUUGGAAUGUUACGCUCUGACGUUUGGGAUCAACACGUUUGUGGCACUGGUGCUGCAGACCGUCAUGACGCUUAUUUUUGUCGAUGAAGCUACGUUAGGGGUGGACAUUGAGACGCAGUUCAUCAUCUAUGGGAGCUACCAUGCUGCCAUCUCUGCGCUCUUUAUGAUUCGAGGGGUCUACACCGUUUGUGCAACGCCUAGCUCUCCAGGACCAUCAGAUAUGGAAAAAGAGCGUGAUGACACUGCAGAGGUCAUCUAUGCUGAAUCUUUCUGA